AUGGGCGACGCGGGGCAGGUCCGUGAGGUCCUGGGGGCGGCGGGACCUGCGAGUGGGGGCAGCAAUGAGGUGGCUUCGAGCAGUGGUUUCACCCAAGUCCUGGCCCUGUGCCUGCAGCUCCUGUCGCCCCAGGGCCUGCCUCUGCAGCCUCCCCGUGCUGGGUCUCCUGGCGUGCACCGCUUUGCUGGUGUUGGUCAUGUGCUGGGGCAGCUCCUUGCAUCUCUCCCACAGUCGUUCCUCGGGGACCAGUACGGACAGGAUGGGACGUACCGGAACUCGGGAUGCGCCAGCAGCAUCCGGAGGAGGAUCCAGGGCACCGAGUUCGGCAGCAUCUUCCUAGAGACCAUCCCCGUGCUGCAGUGGUCAUGGCACGUCAAGGAGGCCGAGUACCAGCGUCUGCGGAGGUACCACGGAGCCUUUGGCUGGCAGGAGGUUUCCUGGCCUGUGCUGCGAGAUGCUCUGAGCCUGCUCAACACCUCGGCCAACACGCGCGUGUUUGAGGCCCGGGGCCCUGGUGACCCCUCCUGCAUCCGCUGUGCCGUGGUGGGCACCGGCGGCAUCCUCAACGGCUCCGGCAUGGGGGCCGCUAUCAACCGGCACGACUACGUGUUCAGGAUGAACGGUGCCAUCACCGCGGGCUUCGAGCGCGACGUGGGGGACCGGACGUCCUUCUACGGCUUCUCCACCAACACCAUGAUGAACGCGCUGCGUGCCUAUGCUGCCAACGGCUUCCAGCAGCCGCCACAGACACCGGAAACCAGGUACCUUUUCCUCCCGGACCAUGACCGUGAUUACCUGUUGCUCCGGGCGGCCGUGACCCGCAGCCCCGUGGACCAAGGCCAAGACAAGGGUGCUCGGCCCCAGCAGUACUUUGGAGAGGACCUGAGGGCAGAGAAGUUCAAGAUGCUGCACCCCGACUUCAUCCGCUACCUCCGGAACCGAUUCCUCCUCUCCGAGACGGUGCGGUCCCUACACUGGAAGCUGUACCGCCCCUCCACCGGGGCCGUGAUGCUGCUGGCUGCCAUGCACGUGUGUGAUGAGGUGAGCGCCUACGGGUUCCUGACCCCCAACUACGCGGCCUUCUCGGAGCACUAUUACGACCGGGUGCACAAGAGCAUCUCCUUCUACCUCAACCACGACAUGCAGCUGGAGUUGCGGCUCUGGCAGCGGCUGCAGCGCAGCGGGCUCCUGACGUUAUACACGCGAGGCUGA